CUGGACAGAUGAGUAAGACUGAGACCCAGAGGAGCUAGAUGACUUGUUCAAGGCUACCCGGUGGGCUAGAGGCUGACUUAGGGUGGUUGCCAGAUCUGCCUAGCCCCAAAACUCAUGCCCUUUCUCUACCACCAAAUUCCCUUCCCGCCCUGAGGUGCUUCCCUUCCCGAUCCAGGGCGGCCAGUGCAGAUCUCAGAAUGUGUCAAGCCGGUGACACUAGAUCCAUCACCUCAGGGUGGAAUGAAGGAAGCACCUGGGGAUCAGCUUACUAAUUCGAGGGGCCGAUGAAUUAUUCAGGCCACCAUUAACUUGGAGGCCCUCUCAGACUCAUCUCCCUUUCCCCUGCUCCAGACCCUCAGAUCCUGGCCUGCCCCGAGUUCUGCAGACCCGUGGGGGCCCCCAGUGAGGGGAUGCUGGCAGAGCUGGGGUCCUGUCUGGUGCUGGUGCUGGUGCUGCUGGGCCCAGGCCCCAGGGCCCACGCCAUGAAAGGUGUCAAAUGUGGGGGUGUGCUCUCAGCACCUUCCGGAAACUUCUCCAGCCCCAACUUCCCCAGACUCUACCCCUACAACAUAGAGUGCAGCUGGCUGAUCGUGGUGGCCGAGGGCUCCUCGGUGCUGCUCACUUUCCACGCCUUCGACCUGGAGUACCACGACUCCUGCGGCUUCGACUACCUGGAGGUGUACAACGGGGCCUCGGGGGACAAGGGCAGCCUGCUGGGGAGGUUCUGCGGCCGGGUGCCCCCGCCGCCCUUCAUCUCCUCCUGGCAUGUCAUGUCUGUCGUCUUCCACUCAGACAAGCACGUGGCCAGCCAAGGCUUUUCUGCUGGCUACCAGAAAGAUGUGUGUGGUGGUGUCCUAACGGGCCUUUCAGGGGUCCUUACCAGCCCUGACUACCCGGACAACUACCCCAACAACGUGGAGUGCCACUGGGUGAUCCACGCCUCCGGCCCCGCCACCGUCAAGCUGGUGUUCGUGGACUUCCAGGUGGAGGGCAGUGAGGAGUGCACCUAUGACUACGUGGCCGUGCUUGGGGGGCCUGGCCCCACCCACGGGCAUCGCUACUGUGGCGGCACCCGGCCCCCCACUCUUGUGUCCCUGGGCCACGAGCUGCAGGUGGUCUUCAAGUCUGACUUUAACAUUGGAGGCCGGGGCUUCAAGGCCUACUACUUCUCAGGAGAAUGCCAGGAGGUAUACACGGCCGUGCGGGGCAACUUCUCCAGUCCCCAGUACCCCAGCGCCUACCCUAACAACAUUCACUGCCACUGGACCAUCCGCCUGCCUCCAGGCUACCGGGUCAAGGUGUUCUUCCUGGACCUGGACCUAGAGGGUCCCAACAGCCUGACCAGGACCUGUGACUUCGACCAUCUGGCAGCCUUUGAUGGGGCCAGCGAGGAGGCCUCCCUGCUGGGGAAUUGGUGCGGCCACCACCUGCCAGCACCGGUCACCUCGAGCCACAACCAGCUUCUGCUCCUACUGCACACGGACCGCAGCACCACCCGGAGGGGCUUCUCCGUGGCCUACAUUGGAGUCGUGCCCAUGAACGUGAGCUGCUCCCGCACGGACUUCCAGAUCCUGAUUGCUGCACAGACUCUGGCACCGCUGGAGCGGACCAAGGUCUACCUGGGCAGCCGCAGCUGCGCCGCGCAGGAAGCCGGUGGCACCUUCCGGAUCCAGGCCCGCUUUGACACCUGCGGCACCGAGUCUCAGCGGAGGAACAACACCUCAGUGAUCGUCAGCGUGCUGUACAUCGACUUCUCGGCUGGCGGGCAGGAGGACGUCCAUGAGUAUGAGGUCCGCUGUGAGCCACGGCGCAAGGAGGCUUCUGUCCACCUGCUGUCUGGCUCCGACUGGCUUGGGCCCUAUGCCGCCACAGCUGAGCAUCUUCAGGAAGCACCACCCAGGGAUGAGGUGGAGGCCCUGGAGGGCCCUGUGGCCAUGGUGCCUCAGGACACCAGUGACAUUGUCUUCCUGGGCCUUUGCAUCCUGGCCGGAGUCCUCAUGGUCGUUGCCAUCGUGGUCCUGAUGCUGCUGUGAGGGGGGCAGGGACCUGGGUGCGGGCUUCCCUGGGAGGCAGCUUGGGGUCCCCACAACAGGGGCAGGGCCGGGUGUUGUCGACUCGUUGGUGGCCAUGGGCAAGUCAUUGUCCCUCUCUGAGUCUCACUUUCCUAGGGAGGAUCCGUGUGCCCUCCUUACCUCACAGGGUUGGCUUGAGGCUCAGAGAAGAGCCUGAAUGCCUAAGAACUUUGUCAACUCUGGCAUGUCCCGUGUGUGUGCAAUUGUUACUAAUUUCAAAGAUAGUCUGCUAUCGAAAAGAAGUCUCCCGUGUGUGUUACUUGUCAAUGUGGAUAGCUGUGGUCCCUGGUGACAAAGGGUAAAACUGAAGUUCCCUAAACGCACAAGGGCUUCACCGACUUGGGAUAAAAACAAGGGCAUCUCUUAUUUU